GUCAAGACAGAGGGUUUCACGUAUUUUGAGAGGAACGCAGGAAGUUUCUGCUUCGGAUCUCAAACAAAGUUUUGACACUACAUACUAGUCUAAGCAUCCGAACUCCUCCCAUGUCAUUUCUGUUCCCGGAUUUGCAUCUAUCGCGGGGGUCGCAUUCAGCAGCUUCAAUCGUCGUCCAGAGCCAACCGCGCUACUUCAAAAUUUCGCAAUCGCUCAGUACCGUAGCGGGUGUGUACCCAGCCAACGAAAUGGAAGACGGUGCACACCUUGGCACCCAGAUCUCGGAUCCACCCAAAUGCGACGAAACAGCGAGAAGGACAACGCAAAAUGAUGAGUUGCCGACGUGGCCAGAGACCGCAAGAUGAGAACAGUGGGAGAACAGAGGUGAGACGAGCUUCCGGUCAGUGCAGAACAGCGCUUGAAUAUGCAACGCGUCAGCCAAGGAAGGCAGCUGCUCAUCGAUGAUGCGCACCUUCUCAUAGGAACGCUCCAGCGAUCGAUCGCCCUCAUCGUCUCAGGGAUCAUUUCAUAUGCUAGGCACCGCUAGACGAGGCCGACUAUUUGCAGAGACAUUCCUGAGCGCUCCAGCUGCUUCUUUGUCGCACUCUAACCUG